AAAACGCGAACUUCAACUUGUCAGCAAAACAGAGGGGGAGGGGACCAACAUAUGGCAGUCAUAUUUCUGAAGCCGAAAUAAUGUGCUAGACCUUUUAUUGUGUUGUUUACCUCGCAGAAGAUUCUCAGUCGAUAGAUGUCCACCCCCAACGAACCACCGGUUGGGAUACCCCAUGCUGGUCCUUCACCAGGUGCUGGCCUGUCUCCGGGGCCCAUCCUAGGGCCCAGCCCUGGACCCGGCCCCUCUCCUGGCUCUGUACACAGCAUGAUGGGCCCCAGUCCAGGGCCCCCAAGUGUCCCACAUGCUAUGCAGGGACAAGGGGCUGCAGACUAUUCACAGGAAAUGCACCCAAUGCAUAAGCCUAUGGAGGGAAUGCAUGAGAAGGGGAUGGGAGACGAUAUGCACUAUGGACAAAUGAAGGGGGUGAGCAUGAGAUCCCUGCACAGUGGCAUGGGUCCUCCACAGAGCCCUAUGGAUCAACAUACUCAAGGCUACAUGUCCCCUCAUCCCUCGCCGAUAGGCCAGGUGCCAGAGCAUGUGCCUAGCCCUAUGUCAGGAGGAGGGCCGACCCCACCGCAGAUGUCUCAGGGUCAGUCACCCAUGAUGCCCAUGGAUCCACAGGGGAUGGGACAGCAAGCCAGGGGUCAGUCUGCCUUCAGCCCCGUUCAGCUACAGCAACUCAGGGCUCAGAUCCUGGCAUACAAGAUCCUGGGGCGGGGUCAGCCUCUGCCUGAGAAUCUGCAGUUAGCAGUUCAGGGCAAGAGGAGCCUCCCCAUUAUGCAGCAGCAGCAGCCCGUCAACACUGGCCCCUACAACAGACCUCUAGGUAUGCCAAUGACUCACGGAGGGCCUGCUACAGGCCCGUGUCCCUCUCCAGCAAUGCAGACUCAUACCCAAAGCUCUGGGCCAAAACCAUGGCCUGAAGGUCAAGGCUCAGAGACCCCCAGUGCUCAACAGAAGUUGUCGGUCCCAGCUCCCAGUGGCAGACCCUCUCCAGCCCCACCGUUGGCCCCCACUGGCACACAAGCUGUGCCCAGCACCUCCCUCACCUCCCAACCCCAACCUCAGCCCCCACCAGGACCAGGCCAGCCCUCGCUCAUCAUCCAGCUUCAGCAGAAACAGAAUCGCAUCACACCAAUUCAGAAGCCUCAGGGUCUGGACCCUGUCGAACUCUUGCAAGAGAGGGAAUACCGUCUUCAGGCCAGGAUUGCUCACAGAAUUCAGGAGCUGGAGAAUCUGCCAGGGUCACUGCCACCUGAUCUGCGGACUAAAGCUACUGUGGAGCUGAAGGCCUUAAGACUGCUCAACUUCCAGCGGCAGCUGAGGCUGGAUGUCGUAGCCUGCAUGCGCCGAGACACAACUCUAGAGACGGCCCUGAACUCCAAAGCCUACAAGCGCAGCAAGAGACAGACGCUGAGAGAGGCACGCAUGACCGAGAAACUAGAGAAGCAGCAGAAGAUCGAGCAGGAAAGGAAGCGCAGACAGAAACACCAGGAGUAUCUCAACAGCAUUCUGCAGCAUGCUAAAGAUUUCAAGGAAUAUCACAGGUCCAUCUCUGGAAAAAUCCAAAAGCUGUCUAAAGCCAUCGCCACAUGGCACACCAACACCGAGAGAGAGCAGAAGAAGGAGACGGAAAGAAUCGAGAAAGAGAGGAUGAGGAGACUGAUGGCUGAGGAUGAAGAAGGUUACAGGAAGCUAAUUGAUCAAAAGAAGGACAAGCGUCUGGCCUACCUUCUUCAACAGACAGAUGAAUACGUGGCCAACCUGACUGAGCUUGUCUAUGAGCACAAGGCUGCUCAGGCUGCCAAGGAGAAAAAGAGGAAGAGAAAGAAGAAAAAGAAGGAAGCUGGGGAUGCUGAAGGAUUGGGAGCCAUCGGGCCUGAUGGAGAGCUCAUAGAUGAGACCAGCCAGAUGAGUGAGCUGCCAGUCAAAGUCAUUCAGACAGAGACGGGGAAAGUGCUACAGGGGACAGAUGCCCCCAAGUCCAGUCAGUUAGAGGCAUGGCUCGAGAUGAACCCUGGAUAUGAAGUUGCUCCACGGUCAGACAGUGAAGAGAGUGGCUCGGAAUUUGAAGAGGAGGAUGAUGAAGAUGUUGUCUCCAGAGCUGAAUCAGAAGAAAAGAAAGUCAUUGAUCCCAACAGUGAUGAAGUAUCUGAAACGGCAGCCAAGCACAUUAUAGAGUCUGCUAAACAGGAUGUGGACGAUGAGUACAGUGUUCAGGCAGGAGAGACCAGCUCCCAGUCUUACUAUGGAGUGGCCCACGCGGUCAUAGAGAGGGUGGAGAAACAGUCCACCCUACUGGUCAAUGGGACUCUCAAACAUUACCAGAUCCAGGGUCUGGAAUGGAUGGUGUCUUUGUACAACAACAACCUGAAUGGUAUUCUGGCCGAUGAGAUGGGACUGGGGAAGACCAUUCAGACUAUUGCACUUAUCACUUAUCUGAUGGAACUCAAGAGGCUCAACGGGCCGUACCUCAUCAUCGUACCCCUCUCCACUUUGUCCAACUGGGUUUAUGAGCUGGACAAGUGGGCACCAAGUAUUGUGAAAAUUGCCUACAAGGGCACACCAUCAAUGCGGAGGUCUUUUGUGCCGCAGCUCCGCAGUGGGAAGUUUAAUGUCCUUAUAACCACCUACGAGUACAUCAUCAAAGACAAGCACAUUCUCGCCAAGAUUCGCUGGAAGUAUAUGAUUGUGGAUGAGGGCCACCGCAUGAAGAACCAUCACUGCAAGCUCACACAGGUGUUGAACACCCACUACGUCGCUCCUAGGAGGCUGUUACUCACUGGAACCCCUCUGCAGAACAAACUACCCGAGCUCUGGGCCCUGCUCAACUUCCUGUUGCCCACCAUCUUCAAAAGCUGCAGCACCUUUGAGCAGUGGUUCAAUGCCCCAUUUGCAAUGACAGGAGAGAGGGUGGAUCUGAAUGAAGAGGAGACCAUCCUUAUCAUUCGUCGCUUGCAUAAGGUGUUACGUCCUUUCCUUCUGCGCAGACUGAAGAAAGAGGUGGAGUCUCAGUUACCUGAGAAGGUUGAGUAUGUCAUCAAAUGUGACAUGUCAGCCAUCCAGAAGGUUCUGUACAGGCACAUGCAGGGCAAAGGCAUCCUGCUCACUGACGGCUCGGAGAAAGACAAGAAGGGUAAAGGAGGAGCCAAGACUUUAAUGAACACCAUAAUGCAGCUGAAGAAGAUCUGUAACCAUCCCUACAUGUUCCAGCACAUUGAGGAAUCUUUUGCUGAGCACUUGGGAUAUCCAAAUGGCAUUAUCAGCGGCCCUGACUUGUACCGCGCCUCUGGCAAGUUUGAAUUACUGGACCGCAUCCUGCCCAAGCUGAAGGCCACCAAUCACAGAGUGCUUCUGUUCUGUCAGAUGACCACCCUCAUGACCAUCAUGGAGGAUUAUUUUGCUUACCGUAACUUCCUCUAUCUGCGUCUGGAUGGAUCUACGAAGUCUGAGGAUCGUGCAAUGCUUUUAAAGAAAUUCAAUGAAGAAGGCUCACAGUAUUUCGUCUUCCUGCUGAGCACCAGGGCAGGAGGUCUGGGCCUCAACUUGCAAGCUGCAGACACCGUUGUGAUCUUUGACAGCGACUGGAACCCCCACCAGGACUUGCAGGCCCAGGAUCGAGCUCAUCGUAUCGGCCAGCAGAACGAAGUACGCGUAUUGCGUCUGUGUACUGUGAACAGUGUGGAGGAGAAGAUUUUAGCGGCGGCCAAGUAUAAACUGAACGUUGAUCAGAAAGUCAUUCAGGCAGGCAUGUUUGAUCAGAAGUCAUCCAGCCAUGAGCGCAGAGCCUUCCUGCAGGCUAUUCUGGAGCACGAGGAACAGAAUGAGGAGGAAGAUGAAGUUCCAGAUGAUGAAACUCUCAAUCAAAUGAUUGCUCGAAAUGAGGACGAAUUUGAGUUUUUCAUGGUUGAACUUGACCUCUGGCAGGCUAUAGAGGAUGGCAACCUGGAGGAAAUCGAAGAGGAAAUACGGCUGAAGAGGCGCAAGCGUAGGAGACACGUAGACAAAGACCUGAGGCGUGAGGAUGGAGACAAGGCCAAGAAAAGAAGAGGACGUCCUCCGGCAGAGAAGCUUUCCCCAAACCCACCCAAACUGACGAAACAGAUGAAUGCCAUCGUUGAUACUGUCAUCAAUUACAGAGAUGCAUCAGGCCGUCAGCUCAGCGAGGUCUUUGUGCAGCUGCCCUCCAGGAAAGAGCUCCCUGAAUACUAUGAACUGAUAAGGAAGCCAGUGGACUUCAAAAAGAUCAAGGAGCGUGUGCGCAGCCACAAGUACAGGAGUGUGAGCGAUCUGGAGAAAGACGUCAUGCUGCUUUGUCACAACGCUCAGACUUAUAAUCUAGAGGGCUCUCAGAUCUAUGAGGACUCCAUUGUUCUUCAGUCAGUAUUCAAGAGUGCAAGACAAAAGCUUGCUAGUGAGGAAAGCGAUGAUGACAGCAAUGAUGAUGAUGAUGAUGAUGAUGAAGAUGAUGACGAAGAAUCGGAGGAAGAAUCUAAAUCAGUGAAGGUGAAAAUAAGGCUGAGUAAACGGGAAGAGAGAAGUCAGGACAAAGGCAAAAAGAGACCAAGUCGUGGAAAGGCCAAGCCCGUGGUCAGUGAUGAUGACAGCGAGGAAGAUCAGGAGGAGAACGAGCAGUCAGAAGGGAGUCACAGUGACGAUGAGUGAGGAGGAGAUGAGCUGAUCAUCAGCAUUCCCUUCACACGUUUAUUUGCUUCUUUUAUUCUCUUCCCUCACCCAGCUCAAUUAUUCUGUGCUUUACUUAAGGCUUUCUAAAAUAAUUAUUGUUUUUUUUCUCUCUUUCUUUUUGUUUUAUUUUAUUGUAUGUUUAAACACUUUGUCCUGUGCAUUUCUCCUCUCUUUUUUUUUUUUUUGUGAGGAUGUGAAACAUCCUCACAUUUUGCACCUUUAAUAGCUUACAGUUAUUCUGAAAUUUCCCUUUGCGCAGUGGGGUAUCUUAGAGAUGAUUUCUGUAUGCUUGUAAAUAAUUUACAUUUAUGCAAGUGUUUAAAAAACAAUA